AUGCGUGAAUUCUGUGAGCUUGAGAUACUGGAUGACAUUAUCACACUACGGUUUGAGGGCAAGCUUUCUUUCGACGUUACUGGUCAACCGCAAGCACUUCGUUGGGACACACUAUCGCCUGAUACAUUGACUGCACCUGUCCUUGCAGCAGAAUGGAGCCUUCUGCUGCAGUGA